UUCAAUGUCGACCGGCACCAAGAGACAGGGGACACACUCAGACAGACUGACCCAGAGUGGAGUGGAGGGUGAGAAAGAGAGAGAGAAGUACAGAGGAAAAUAGAAACACAUGAAAUAUUCUGGAAGGAGGCAGGACUGAGGAAAGGAAACAGCCCAGAUACAUACAGGCCUUGGUUCUGUGUUCUGAGAGAGAUGGACAUCCUUGAAACAGCCGCCUAUGACCGAAGACAGCGCAGGAACACGUACUGUGUUCUGUUUCUUUCUCUUUCGCCGUUCUUCCUGGCCAUCGCUGCCUACUUCUAUCUGUGGAUCCCUGACUCCUCCCCCUCCGUCCUCGCUGCAGCUAUUAAGGCCGCCCCUGUCAUCUCAUUGGCUCUCCUGGUGCUGAGCUACAAAGGGGGGAGUAGUCUCCUUGGAGUAGCGGGGGGCCUAAUCUUCUCGGCAGGCGGCGACUAUUGUCUUAUAUGGCCCAAGCUGUUUCUCCAUGGAAUGGCCUCCUUCGCCUUGGCCCACCUGCUCUACUCCCUCACCUUCCUCUCCACUCGUUACUCCUCCCUCAGCCCCUCCUCUUCCCUGUCCUAUUUCUUCUACCUGCUCCUGUGGCUGCUGGGGGGAGGCAUCUACGCCUACAUCUUCCCUUUCCUGCAGAAGACGCCGGACGCGGCCGCCCUGACUCCCGGUGUCGGGGUCUACGUGGCUCUGAUAGUUCUGAUGGCUACGUUGGCGGUUCGCACCCGCCGCCCACUGAUCAUGAUGGGCAGUUUGAUCUUCAUGACCUCUGACCUGACGCUGGCGCUGCAGACCUUCAAAGUGACGGAGCCCAUGGAGCAUGGCAGGCACAUCGUCAUGACGACGUACUACCUGGCACAGCUGCUGAUCGCCGUGGGCGACAUCAAGGCCGUGGAGGGCGGGGACGAGUUUGCCAAAUGGAAGAAAUCUUAGUUAAGGGGUCAUCCCAGAUAUGGGUUAGGUCCCAAUUCUCCACCCUUCUCCCCAAGUGUUCAAAUAACUGCACACUUUCUCACAUGGAUUUUACAAUGGUGGAAACUCCCUUCAGCCAAUGCUUACUUAUACUAGUCCCAUGCUUUUAAAUGACAGGGAGUGUUCAAGUGCACAAUUCUGGAAAGGGGUGGAAAAUCGGGACGUUGCCAUGGAAGGCAAAGUUGGGACUACUGCUCUCUGACUAGUUGGCAGCUUUAGGAACUUCAGGCUGUCUGUUGAGACUAGACUGAGAAUGAGGAAGAGAAGUUAAAAAAGGAUGAUUCCCCCUAAAGAAAAUCUGCUUUAUUAAAUAAGUAUCAGGACAGUCUGACCCUGUCCGUUUGUUCAGAAAGCUCAGGGAUGGGAAACGUAACCACUCCCAAAAUUCAUAGACAGCUACGGAUGCAAGGACUGACAUGAGAUCGACACGAUAGUAUUAUCAAUAGUCCAGAAUAAAGUUCAAUUUAGUCAAUAAUGAUUUUUCUGUCUGUGAACCCAGUCCUAUGGUCUUAAAGAAAACAUUUGAGAUGUGAUACACUUCCCUUGUCUUAGUUGUGAUAUAUCAAACACAUUCAGUAUAACGGUCUGUUGAUAUGAAGAGAUUACUCUCAGAAAUGAAGUCACGCAUGAAAAAAGAAAAUGUGUAUUUAUUCAUGAUGAAAAUGGGGAUGUAAAAUAAACAAAGUUGAUCUUUCA